AUGAAGAGGCAGAACGUGCGUACCGCGUCGCUCAUCCUCUGCACCUUCUCCUAUCUGCUGGUGGGUGCCGCGGUGUUCGACGCGCUCGAGUCGGAGACGGAGAGCGCCCGGAAGCGGCUCUUGGAGCAGAAGCGCAGCGAGUUUCGCAGGAAAUAUCGCUUCUCGCCCGAGGACUACCGCGAGCUGGAGCGCCUGGUGCUGCAGGCAGAGCCGCACCGUGCCGGCCGCCAGUGGAAGUUCGCCGGCUCCUUCUACUUCGCCAUCACGGUCAUUACCACCAUCGGGUACGGCCACACAGCACCGGGCACCGACGCGGGUAAGAUUUUCUGCAUGUUCUAUGCCAUCCUGGGCAUCCCUCUGACACUGGUCACGUUCCAGAGCCUGGGCGAGCGCAUGAAUGUGCUGGUCCGACGGUUGCUGCAGCGUCUGAAGCGCUGCGCGGGACUUCGGAGGACUCAGGUGUCAACAGAGAACAUGGUGGUGGUGGGGCUGCUAUCGUGCGUGGGCACGUUGGCCAUGGGCGCCGCGGCCUUCUCCCACUUCGAAGGCUGGACCUUCUUCCACGCCUACUACUACUGCUUUAUCACGCUCACUACCAUCGGCUUCGGCGACUUCGUGGCGCUGCAGCGUGACGAGGCGCUGCACAAGCGGCCACCCUAUGUAGCCUUCAGCUUCCUCUAUAUCCUGUUGGGCCUGACCGUCAUAGGCGCCUUUCUCAACCUCGUGGUCCUGCGCUUCCUCACCCUCAACGCCGAGGACGAGCGACUAGAUGCCGAGGGUCGGGCCUCGCUGCGUCGGGUGCAACCCGGAGACCCCUUGAGACCUACACAGGAGGUCGCCCGCUGCAGCACUUUGCCUUCUCCAGAUCCCACCCCCUUCCCUUGCCUCGGGGCUCGGAGCUGCAGGCGGUUGAAGCUGAUCCGACCUUCCACUGCGGCGGCUUCUCCACCCCGUCAGCAUGUGUCCCAGAGCCAUCCCGAGACUCCUCCGCCGAGCUGUCAUUCCAACCCAGUCUAUUGCAGUUCCAUUUCCUAUCGGAUCGACCAGUUGGCCCUGGGUGCCAGGUAUAACCUCGGCUUCUCGCCUCCUGGGAGCACCACGUCCUCAGGCAGUGCUGUGGGCCGGGUUCCGAGCCGUCGGAAGUCUAUCUGAGCUGUGGGUGUUGAAAAGAACGCCCGUAUUUGGAGGCAGGAGAAGUGCUUUGGCAGGCUUACUCAGUGUGUGUGCCCUAGGGCGUCAUGCUCUUCCCUGAACUUGUUACCUCGUCUAUAAAAAUGAGGGGGUUGUACUAAGAUGGCAAGACAUAUUUAGAACUAGAAGAGACCUCAGAGGUGAUCAAGUAGAAUGCCCUUAUUUUAUAAGUGAGGAAACUGAGGCAUAUAGAGCUUAAAGGACUUGCCUCCGGUUACACAGGUGUUCAGUAGCCUAGCAAGGAUUCAGAUCUGGAUCUUCUCACUCUAACAUAUAUUUAAUUAAUUUAUUUUAACAUUUUAAAAAAAAUUUUGAGUU